GGGCUGGAAGGCUGGUCAUCCGGGCAUGGGCCUAGGCUGGUCUCCCACAUUCUCCGGCUCGAUCUUCCGCAUUCGGCAGCCGUCAGCUGCGCAGCUUUGCGCGGGGCUCCCCGUCGGCGGCGCGCACCGUCGGCCGGUGGCGGUGCGCCAGUGGGCAAGCUUCCCCUCCUGCAUCCUACUUGCAAGACGCCCCCCAACAAGCAGGCAGCGCGCUAAGAGGGCCAUGCCAUUUUCAGAAGAAUUGCGGCUACAGUAAAUGUGUCAUUUUGUGCACAGGCACAUAUAUAGAACUGGAGUUAACCUUUUCUGACCACUAAAAAGAAAACAACUCUGGUUUGCCUAUAUACAUACAUGUAGACAAAUCCACAAGCUGAUCAGCCAACCUUCAUAGUGCAUAACAACAUACUCCAUCAAUGGAUUCCUCCAUGCCUUUUGCUCUGCUGCUUGCCUUGCUCAUACCCACCCUCCUCCGCUUUGUCAUCAGGCGCAAGUACUCAUCCUAUAAUCUCCCUCCAGGUUCUCUUGGCUUCCCAUUGAUUGGCCAGAGCAUCUCCCUUCUUCGUGCCCUCCGCAGUAAUACUGAUUACCAGUGGUACCAGGACAGGAUCAAGAAGUAUGGUCCUGUGUUCAAGAUGUCACUUUUUGGCUCACCAACAGUGCUUAUGGCUGGCCCGGCGGCCAAUCACUUUGUAUUCAGCAACCAGGACCUCAUUUUCACCCAGACAAAGGCGAUCAACACCAUCCUUGGGCGGUCCAUUCUGACACUCUCAGGUGAGGAGCUAAAGCGAGUCCGCAGUGCUCUACAGGGCUAUCUGAGGCUAGAGAUGGUGACGAAGUAUAUGCGUAAGAUGGAUGAGGAGGUCAGGAGGCACAUUGACCUGAACUGGGUUGGUCAUAAAACUGUCAAGGCUGCACCCUUGGCGAAGAGGCUCACCUUUGACAUCAUCUGCUCAGUCGUCUUUGGACAAGGGAUAGGUCCCAUCAGAGAAGCCCUUGCCACCGACUUUGAGACACUUGUGCAGGCUUUGCUAUCUCUGCCAGUGAAUAUACCCUUCACCAAGUUCAUCAAGGGCCUGAGAGCGAGCCGGAGGAUCAGGAAGGUCCUCAGGCAAAUUGCUCGCGAAAGGGAAGCAGCAUUGCAGCAAGGCCAUUCCAGUUCAGCUGAUGAUUUCUUCACAUACAUGCUUGUUUUGCGCUCUGAAGGCACACACUCGCUCACAGUGGAGGACAUUGUGGACAAUGCAAUCGUACUCCUGACUGCCGGUUAUGGGAAUUCGGCUGUUCUUAUCACCUUCUUGCUCCGGUACCUAGCUAAUGAUCCAGACAUCCUUGGCAAGAUAACCGAGGAACAAGAGGAGAUAGCUAGGAGGAAAGGGCCUAAUGAACCUUUAACCUGGGAUGAUGUCUCAAGGAUGAAGUACACAUGGAAGGUGGCAUUGGAGACGCUGCGGACUGUUCCCCCAAUAUUUGGAAGCUUCCGAACAGCUGUCAAAGACAUCGAAUACCAUGGCUAUCACAUUCCGAAAGGCUGGCAAGUCUUCACUGCUCAACGUAUCACACAUUUGGAUGGAAAUUUUUUCAAUGACCCGGUCAAGUUUGACCCUACUAGAUUUGACAACCACACUUCAAUCCCACCUUAUUGCUUCGUGCCAUUUGGGGGAGGCCCAAGAAUGUGCCCUGGAAACGAGUUUGCGAGGACCGAGAUAUUGGUAACCAUGCACUAACUAGUGAGGCAGUUCAGGUGGAAAUUGUGCUGCGAAGAAGAAGGUUACAGGAAAGAUCCUGUUCCGAUACCUGUUCUUGGACUCCCAAUUGAACUUGAGACCAGAAGCCCCCCUGAAUAUGCUCAUGCUUAAAAGGAUCCACAUGUUUCUGUAUAUUACCAUGCGUUUCAGUUUAUGUUUUCUCCAGUUUAAUUGAGGUGUCAGAGUGUUGCAGGUAUGAAGGUUGUGGUAAAGUUAUUCAGAAAUGCAGUGACUUAUGAUCAUUGUGUAGAGAAAUGUGGAAUGGCCUACAAUGUUAUAGUGUCAUCAUAAGAACAGAUGCUGAAGGCAUUCCUUUUCUUUUGGUUUUAUUAAAAAAGGGUCUACGUGUGCC